CAGUUCUUCCUCACCCUGCUGCGUGAGGCCAGUGGCAGGCAUUUCAUUCCCAGUCAUCAGACAGGAAGACUGAGUUCCAGACAGGUUAGGGCUCAAGACACAUCCCAGGGGAGCUGAAGGCAAACAAUAGAUGAUUCUGUGAACUGUGUGGAGAUAACGCCCUGAGGGAGUGGCUCCUCCACCCCCGCUCACACACUGUAUAAGGGCCAGGAGGCCUCAGAAGGAUGCCCAGCUGCCCAGCCUGAUGACACGGAACCACGCUGACCAGACCAUGGGAGCUCCUCGCCUCAGCGCCUUUCACAUCCUGCAGGUGCUGUGUGUCCUGCUGACUCUGUUGGAAGAUGGACCCCAGAACACCAGGGCCUCUGCCUGUCCCCAGCAGUGCCCUCCAGACUCCUCAUGUAUCAAUGGCACUGCCUGUCACUGUGAUCCAGGAUUCCAAACUCCAUUUGGAAAGAACAAAGUCAACCAAGGGGAGACUUGUGAAGACAUUGACGAAUGUAAACAACGGGUGAACGUGACCUGUGGAGAAGAUGCACGCUGCCAUAACACCAAGGGGAGCUACUACUGCACAUGCAGACCAGGAUACAGGCCUGGUUCUGGGGCAACAAAGUUUAAUAAUCCAAGUGAGAACACGUGUCAAGAUGUGGAUGAUUGUAAACCAGGGCAAAACUCCUGCCACAAAUCCACCCAAUGCCACAACACCGAGGGCAGCUAUGACUGCCUCUGUCACCCUGGCUGGAAGCCGGUUCCUGGGUCCCCCCAUGGCCUACACAACACUGUCUGUGAACAAGGUUUGGAGUUAAGAUCCCAUAUUCCCAAAGACACACAGCUGAAGUCACCUGAUCAUAUAUUCAUGGGCAGCCACACGAACCCAGUGCAAUGAAUGCUGGGGGGGGCCCUGGUGGGCCAGGCUUCCAUUCUUUGAGACUAAAUGGGAAAAGAUCUGGGGGUCCUGCAGAAGGAGCUGGGGUACCAAGGGGAAGGCUCCUGGGGGGCCCCAGGCAGCAGCUAAUUACUAACUGGGACAAAGGUAUUUAAUAUCUCACAACUUGUACCUCUGUGGGGGCUGACCUGCUGUGGGUCAGGCCUCUGCACACUUCCCAUAACCCUUGCA